CGGGAUCCCGAAAGUGGACAAAUUUGAUGGGCGACGUGGCGACCACAGCAAUUGCCCAUCGCCGUCAACGCCCGGGCUGCCGUCGUCUGUCUCCGCUGCGGCCAAUCGAUUUAGUCGGGUUUGGACCUAUAAAUAUAUAAUGGCACUGUUCAAUAAACUGCUGUUCAGCAAGAAAAGAAGUACAACCUCAGCGUCACAGAAAACAAGCCCCGGACAAUUUCCAUUCAGUGCCGAUCAAGUACGCAUUUUGGUGUUCAAAGAGUGUGAUCUGCGUGGCCGAAAGCUCCUGUUCGAUUCGAGUGCCCUCGAGAAGGUGUCGUCGGAUGGCAAUAGUGCAGCGUACGCCAGCGAGAAUCAUCCGGCAGCGAUCCCCCAGGUGCAAAAGUGUGACCAUUGCAACGUUGUGUAUCGGGUCGAUGGGACGACGAAGGAGGAGAUCAAACAAUUCGAAGAGAUGAUCUUCGGUUCGGCUCCGAUUGCGUUUCGUGGUAGCAGCUUCAAGGUGCACUGGAUGAAGACGCCCAAAACUUUGAUGUGCUCGCUGGUGUUUCCGGCUCCCGUGCCUAGCGGGGCGAAGAAAUCAUCCGUGUCGACCUACCCCGGAUCGGAGUUGUUUAUAAACGCCUCCAGCGGAGGCCACGGCAUCGGGAGUAGCACCGGUGGCGUCGACUUCAAUCCUUCCGUGAGCGAUCUCAGUUCGCUCGGAACGGGAUCGUUGCACUCGUUCACCGUUUCUUCCUCGACCGCCACCCAGCACGACCCGUCGCUAUUGCACCGACAUAGACCGGUGAUUCCGGCGGAGUUUUACGAUCGGUUCGAUCGAUUCGCCGACCUGCGCCACUCGUCCAACAGUGGCAUAGAUUCGGGGUACGGAGGAACCGACCCGUGGGCACUGUCUUCCAGCUCGUCGCGGCACCCAAACUCGUCCUCGCACCGGAGCAGCCUAUCGUCGAUUUACAGCGACUUCGAUUGCCUCCGGCGGAUGAGUGCGGACAACUUCAGCAUGGACAUUCCACCGUCACCGAACUGCGUCAGUCUCGAGGGCUGCCAUUCGCACGGAAGCUUUCAUCGGCGGGUGGGGAAGAACCUCUCGACGUCGUUCGAAACGCGCCACACGAUCGCCGAUCACGUUGGUAACUUGGAUGAGCUGGGGCAGCUGAUGUUGGCGAGUGGCGCAGGGACAACCCACCACGGGCCUGCCGGUAGCCGGCGCAAUAGUGAAACGAUCGAGUUAAACAGGCGGAAGGCACUGAACGGUGAGCUGCUCUCGACGGCCACAAACUACCAGGGGAAGGCACCGAGCAAACGACUGCGGCUAGGAGUGGCCGUAUGCGUGCGACUGAACGAAACGAUGCUGCAGGACACGGAUACGUUCUGCUCCGAGCACAUGACCGUGUUUGAAUCGAUCCUGUGUCGGGUACGGGUGGCCGUCGAGAAGGCUUACAUCAAAUGGAAAUUUUUUCUUCAGAUAAUGCUUGGAGCGUGGCAUUCGACGCAACAGUGGUUGAACGAUCUCUUUACGGCACCCCGGUUGAGUAAGCCCGUCUGGUUGACACUCAGCUGCAGUAAGCUGACCGAUCGGACGCUCGCCGACCUGGCUAGUACCUUCAUGAACGAUCUGUGUUCGUUGCUUUCGUUAGCUGAUACAAAGGAUACAAAUUUUUUCAUUAGCACAGUCAUCACGGCCGUCCUAACGCACCAUCUCGGUUGGGUGGGAACGAUCGCCGCCAUGACGGCCAGUGACGACGCCGGCUUCUCCGGUAGCAAGCUUGAUCUGAUCCGGCGAGAAAAGGAGCGUAUGAACGAAAUCACCGCCAAUCAUCCGUACAGCGUGCUGUGGGCACAGCUGGGCGAUCUUUACGGAGCCGUCGGCUACCCGACAAAGCUCUCGAAAACGAUCAUCUGCGGUAGCUCCCAGUUGGGCAACACGCUCGAGAAGUUGUUGAAUGUACUGUCGUACUUUAUACGUUGUUCCGAGAUCAAGCGAACCGUGUACGUCGAGGCGUUCGAUGAAGCGAACAUUAGAACGGCAUUCAUAUCGCAGCGUGAGCAGCUCGCGAGCGGAAACGGGUGCAGUGAACCACCGAUGGUGGGAGGUCAGGAAAAGGAUGCCAAAGGCAUACCAAAGGAAACUUCCGCUUCAAGUUUGCUGCUAAAACCAUCGGGGCCACUUCCACGAGCGGCGUCGUCCAGCAGCGGGAUGGUUCGAUCGACAACGCUCAUGAAAAAUCUCGCCUGCUUGGCCCCGGGUGAAGGUGGGGAGGAUGUCGGGCUGCAAGACGAUGCACCGGGACGAAAAUUGUCGGUGGCAGCUGGCAGUGAGGAAGUGCAGAAGGCACUCAAAAAGAACGUGAUGAAUGACAUUCCAAACGUGCUGGUCUACCGGGACUCACGGUUCGUGCGGCAGGAGCUACGGAUAGGGAACAAGAGCAUGGACACCGGGCUCGUAAUGAAUGCCCGUGAAAAGCAGUACCUUGAGGCGCGCUAUCAGAUCGGAAAGGUGGAUCACGCGGCGGAGCUGGCGGAGGAAGCGUUAGCGUACGAGGGCCAAAACGCUGACGCUGAUUGCGAGUCGGUCCGGCUGUCCUACCUCAUUACGGAGAACAGCUUGGGCGCGCAGUCGGCCACCGUGGAGCCACAGCAGCGUUUGAUUUGGGGCGUGGAGAAAACCAAAGAAGGAAUCGCCUUUGAACAGCUCAAAUACAUCCAUUUGCUUCGCGGUGAUUACAACGUGGUGAAGGAUUCGCCCGGCGAAAAGGAAAGCGACACGAAGAACGGCAACGAGGUCGUGUUUGUGCUCGGUGAGAACGAGAUGCUUAAGGACAUCCAUCGGAAGCCGGGACAGCAAGGUGGUCAUCCCUCUUCUUUUGUGCCAGCGCUCGGUCAACCGCUGAAGCACUGCUGCCGACAGAAGAUUAACAGUUUCGACAAGUAUCGGCAGAUAGCGGUUAACUUUUUAAAUCGUAACUUGCCCGCAAAUCAACAUCUGCUGGACCAGAGUACGAAGGAGCAUCUGGAGCGGAAUCGAGCGGAUUGCUUUCUUGCCGCGGUUGCCGAAAAGGAGCAGACGGCGGGAAAGGGUGAUGCGCAAGAGUGCGACGUUUGCCAUCAGAUACCCACGAUCGUAUGCCUGCAGACGCCAACGAACGCGUCCGAGAUGGAAUUUUUGGAAGAUUUAACACUAUGGAAAAAUUGUCCACAAGAUGCGCCGCCCAAAAAUAGCGACAGGAGGGUUGCAGAGAAGGAGCCCGUAUCCGGUCGUACCCCCAGCUCCUCGAUGCUGUCCCAUGAAAACAUUCCUCAAAUCGUACUGUCACAGCAUCACAUGGACACGCUGGACGAAAACGACGAACUGCGAGCGAAACAUCCGGGCAGUGUCCUCAAGCUUGUCGAUAUUCCCUUUCCAAAGGGAAUGCGAACGACCGGAUCUGGAAACGAUGAGAAUAACAACAGUAGCGGUAAUUCCAACGGUGGUGUCGGUUGUUCCGGUGGUGGAACCAGUGCCAACAGUGGUAGUUCUGGUAGCUCAGGUAGUGGUGCCGGUCAUCAUCAUUAUCAUCAUCAUCAUCAUCAUCAUCACGUGAGUGAUUCUACCGGCGGCGGCACCAGUGGAGACAAGACUGACAAGGGAUCUCGAUACUUCCGGGCCGGUUUUAUGCCAUCUCUGUUUAGCUGCAUCACUGACCACUACAUGCCGGACAUGGUGCUGCAGGGCACGACCGCUCCGCCGUCAAAGUGGGAAGCGACACUGAAGCGGGACCUCAACCUAGCGGCACGGUUUACGCUGUACGAGCAACACCUGACGGAGAAUAAUGCCAUCGUGGCCAACAUGGACACGCACGAGGUGCGGCUCCAUUCGUCGCAGUCCCAGGUCGACGGUGAUAUUGUCGGCAUGUCGCAGCGCGUUUCGGCCAUGCUGGAAGCAGUGAAUGCGAUGUGGUCGGCAGGAAUAUCAGCGUAUCAGUGUAUGGCGUUUAUCGAAUCGAAACUGCGCGAACUGUACCUGCAGUCGGAAACGAUCGCCAGUGUGAUGCUGGCGACGGACUUUUGCACCACCAACUCCAUCACCACCGCCAUGGACAUCACUGCCAACGAUAUGGAGCUGCUGCUAUCGGUCGCCUCCGUCCACACGCCCGAGGCAUCCAAGCGGUACCGGGUGUUGAUGCGUUAAGAUAAGGGGGACCUGGCGCGGAAAAGACGCGCGCGUUGUCGUUUGAGCUUGAGAUUUUGUUGUAAUAUAAAUGUGAUAUUAGUGUUAGUCAAGAAAGUGAACGGCGUAAUUCAGGGAUGAUAGUAUCGAUAUGGAAUCGAAAGGAAUGUAGCAGAACGCCAUGCGAUUUUUUUUUUGCAUUGUGCAAUUGAAGUAUUCCGUCACCGAGCGGCGGAGGUAGAGGCCAUCCGGAACCGGUGAAUGAUAUUGCAUAUGCUCUCUCUCUCUCUCACACACACACUGUCUUUCUCCUUCCGUACAUCGUAACGAUGUACCAGACGAUUAUUGUAAAACAAUAAUGAUGGAAGCCGUGUGUGUUAAGAAUUGUGAAUUAUGUUAAAUGAAUUGCAGAGCAAUAAGCGCGCCUUGACCUAUUACUGAUGCAAUCCAGACGGCAAAUGGCCGGACGGACUAGGUUGUGGCCACGAUAUGAUGGUUAGUGAAUUCAGUUUAGGCAAACGCUAGAUGAUAGGGAGUAGUAAGACGUAAUCUAAGGUUAAGACUUUUCCCCUCGACAAUACACUGUCGCUAAUUGUGUUAGCAUACUGCUGCCCGGUGGCCAGUAAAAGCAGAUGAAGGAAAACGAAAACGCCAGUGAACUAAGAUAUUUAUUGACACGAAACUAGCAAUAAACUCUUUGUACGAAAAGCAAUGUUGAAAUAUCACUAACCGCUGUUUGUUGGUUUAUUUUACAUGAAAUA